UUAAUCUCAGUCUUGUCCCCAGGUUGUUGUUUAGAUUCAGAGAGAAAGAAAGAGAGAGAGAAUCAUCAGCAUCGUAGCUGUUUCCUAUUUGCCCAUUUUUCUCCAAUCAUCUCUCUCUCUAAGCAUCAAUCAGCCAUGGCUGUUUCUCUCUCCUCUUUCUCUCUCUAGAGGACCUUCCCUCGACCGGUUUCGCGCCUUUUCGUUCCGACUACCCCCGAACGAGAGCCCAAAUCCCUAAAUCUCCUUAUUCUCAAAUCCUCAUGGCGAUCGUGACGGGAGAUCGGUACCUGGAGAAUCUCGAGAAGUUCCUCGAAGAAAACGCCGAUUCGCUCAUCGACGACGCCACCGACGUCCUCAAGCUCAACCCCGCGGGCCUCCACUACGUCCACCUCCGCCUCGAGUCUCUCCGCGAACUCGAGCGCAUGCUCUCCGGAGCCCCCGUCGACUACCUCCGCGCCUACGUCUCCGACAUCGGCGAUUACCGCGCGCUGGAGCAGCUCCGCCGCGUCCUCCGCCUCCUCCCUUCCCUCAAAGUCGUCUCGUCGCUUCCUUCCCCGGCUCGUGAUCCCACGCCGCUCUCUCUUCUCCCCUUCGCCAGGCUUAGGGUUCUGGAGCUCCGCGGGUGUGAUCUGUCCACUUCGUCUGCUAAAGGAUUGCUCGAGCUCAGGCAUACCUUGGAGAAGUUGAUCUGCCACAAUUCCACUGAUGCGCUGCGGCACGUGUUUGCUAGUAGAAUCGCCGAGAUAAAGGAUUCGCCGCAGUGGAAUAAGUUGGUUUUCGUUUCGUGCGCUUGUAACCGUCUCUUGCUCAUGGAUGAGUCGUUGCAGCUUCUCCCUGCUGUUGAGUCGCUUGAUCUGAGCCGGAACAAGUUUGCGAAGGUGGAUAAUCUUCGGAGAUGUUCCAAGUUGAAACACCUUGAUCUAGGUUUCAAUCGACUCCGAAAAAUCUCUCACUUGAGUGAGGUAUCAUGUCACCUUGUUAAACUUGUUUGGACUGUGCAGGUAUCAUGUCACCUUGUUAAACUUGUUUUGAGGAACAACGCUCUAACUACAUUGCGUGGGAUUGAGAAUUUGAAGUCACUUGAAGGCCUUGAUGUUUCCUUCAAUAUUAUUUCCGAUUUUUCAGAAUUGGAGUUCCUUGGGAGUCUUUCAUUCUUGACAGACCUGUGGUUAGAAGGAAAUCCGUUUUGCUGCGCGCGAUGGUACAGAGCGCAUGUCCUCAGCUUCGUUGCUCGUCCAAAUGAUCUAAAGCUAGAUGGCAAACAAAUUGGGAAUCGAGAAUUUUGGAAGAGGCAGGUUGUUGUUACCCGUAGGAAAAGUCAGCCUGCUAGCUAUGGGUUCUACUCUCCGGCUAGAGAGGAAGCUGAUGAUGAAGGAAGCUUCAAUAGAAAAAAGUCACAGGCGAAAAUAUACCGGCUCGCGUCUAUUGACACUGAGGAAGAGAGCACUUGCGUGACUUCUGAUCAAGAGUCUGCUUCAUGUGAACUCGAGACUCAAAGCAAAGAGGAGAAUAUCAAGUCCGAUCACGAAGAUGAUAUCUUUGGUCUAAUAAGUAAAGUUGAAAAGUUGAAGAAAGAACGUUCGGUUCUUUGGCUGCGAGAGUUUAAGGAGUGGAUGGAUCAUCCAUCAGAGGAUUUUGUGGAUGUCAGAAAAGAGGUCUUGAGUAUUGAUUCAGAGAAAAAGUACUACUCAAAGAAUAGAAAAAACCCCAAGCAUCACAAUGAAGCAUUGAGAUAUCCACCAGGUUUCCAAAUUACAGAUCUAAACAAGAAGGAUCAAGCAUAUCUUCUUGAUGGGAAGCCAGAUGAAAAUGGAAACAUGUCAACGUCGGAUGCUACUCACGAUAUAAAGGGAUCAUUUUCACCCUCAUCAUAUAUGCAAUCACCCCCUCACUAUCAAAAGGAUGUCUUACAUCGACGUCAUAACCUGGUGGAAGAAAUCUUGCAGCUAUCAGCGGAUUCUUAUUCAGUAGCAUCGUCUGAUAGCACGAGCAGCUGCAGUGAAAAUGAAAACUAUGAUUCUGAGCAAUCAAAUCCUGAACAAGAUAUGUUGGUGGAUCAUCUUAAUGGGAAUAGUCCCGUAGAAGAGAUUCUCGUAUCUGAAAAAGACUCAAGCUUGCUUGAUUCUCAACCAGAAAAAAGUAGCAUAAUAAAGACUUGGAGGAUAGAUGAAUCGUUCAAAGCAAAAACCACUAAUAUUAUUUCUGGACUACAUAAUAGUGAGCUUGCUUCCGGUGUUAACCAUAUUUAUAAUUGGUUUGACAAAAGGAAAAGCAAGAAGAAGCCUAAAAAGAGAAAUGUUUCUCUGUUGGUGGAUAAUAGUGUCACAUGUAGCGGAGAAACAUCUCAUAGAAGUGAUGCUGAUAUCAGUGAUUCUGGUGAAGAUGGGUGUGUUUCUGAUCAUUUUCAAGAAGGUUCAUUGACUAUGGGUUGUAAUAGUAAGAGAACUACUAGAUUUUUUGAGGCUGAAAAAACCCCUGAAGUAAUAGGUGGUCUAGUUGACGAGUAUAUUACAACAACACUGUCAGAUUCCAGCGUUGAUGAGACUUGUAGGAUUUACGUAAGUUGUGAUUGCAUAAUACGGCAAGAAUUCACCUACACGCGACGGGAAGUAGUGUUGCUGCGGAGUAGCCAAGAGAAACUGUGUGUGCUGCUCGUGGAUGUUUCUACUGAUUCACAAGACAGAAAUUUAAGUUUAUUGUGUUCGCGUGCUAUUAAUGAUAUACAAGAUGUCUCAAUUGGUCUGGGACUUCAAGUUGUGAGGCUACGCUUUAAGGAGGGCACAGAGUACAAUUUUAUAACAGGGAGCAUCGAAAAAACGACAGUUUUACUCAAUAUCAUUGAAGUCUUGGAUUCUCAAGCUACGGAACCUAAAUGUUCUUUGGGAAGUUUGGAAAAUAUACAAAUGGAAAUGUUUGAGAAAGAAAUAUGUGGUGGUUUGAAGCUGCCUAUAUUCCAGUAUAGUGUUCUCCAGUUUCAGAGCAGCACUCUUGGAGAGGUGUCAUGGCUUCCACGAUCACUAUUUGUGGUAGAUGGACAUCUUUUCGUAUGCAUUGAAGACUUCAGCCUGCUGAGUUCUCUUCCAACGAAAGAUUCUUCUGCUCCAUAUUUCUCGCUUGACUCGAGCUGUUCCAUCUCCGACAUUGUUGAGAUGGCUAUUGAAUCUCGAGGAAGCCCAUGCCUGUCACUGAAGAUCAAGCAGAAGAAUUCCACAUAUCAAGCCAGACCAAACAGACCAGCGACUUCAGCAACAUGGAAGUUCAAAUUAUUCAGCAUCGAGUGUGUACUCAAAUUUGUGUCUCUAGUCAAAGGACUUCACCCGGAUUCACAAGUACUUCCGUUGCUCGUAAGGCAUUUGGGUUAGAUAUAAGCCGCAAAAGUUCCUUCUUAGGAGAGAAAAUUUCUCGUCGUGCAUACUCACAUAAUGUUCAUAACUUCAUAUUCAUUUGAUUCAGUUUGUUCCCAUGUGUUUUUGAUUCAUCUUGUAUAAAGCCCUUGAGGGUAUUGUGACGUGCUCUGAGCGAGUCUGAUUGAUAGAUUCCUUCAACCGUUUCAACAUAUUCUUUGAUUUGUA